AUGAAGACCAUCCUAGCCGGCAGUACUGGCUACAUCGGCCGCGAAGUGCUCAAGGAAUGCUUGGCUCAUCCCGAAGUCUCAGACGUCAUUGCCCUGUCCCGGCGCGACCUUAACAUUUCGCACGCAAAGCUCCGCGUGAUGAUCGUUGACAACGACGACUUCUUCCUCCAUCAUCCGCCUGGGCUUCUAUCCCAUGUUCAAGAAGCAGACGCAUGCAUCUACUGCCUCGGCACCAACGUGCCCGUGAAACCCGCCGAAUUGAAUCGCAAGAUCAACUUCGAAUAUGCCAUUUCCACCGCGAGGCAGUUCUCGGCUGAGAAAUUGAAGGGGCCGACGAAAACCAAGCCGUUCAGAUUUGUGUAUCUGAGUGGCGCGCUUCCAGAAAAGGACGAAACCAAAAAGCUAUGGUUUCUGGCUGAGAAUCGGCGGAUGAGGGGACAGCUGGAGAAUGAGCUGCUGCGGCUUGACGCGGAGACGAGACCCGGCAGGCUGUUUGAAGUGUAUAUUACCCGACCCGGGUUCGUUCAGCCGGAAGGCGCAUUGCUGCGCACUUGGGUUGUGGGCAAGCUGGCGAAUUCCAUUAUGGUCCACCACCUGGCUGCUAGUAUGUUGCGGCUAGCGCUGGAUGGUCACUCGACCCCGAUUGUAGAGAACCGGGAAUUGAAUGAGAUUGGAAAGAGAGUGUAUACAUAG